AUGUCCGACAGUCUGGCGGAUAUUCAGGGGAAAAAACCGAAGGUCCUAUUGGCAGACGGAGAGGAGAGAGAAGUGAGCAGCCAAACGAGUUCAAGCAAGUACAAGGUUAAGAGGACGGGAGACCAUUAUUACUGCACAUGUCCAGCUUGGCGAAUGCAGAUCGACGCUAGGUCAUGUAAACACUUAAAAUCUUUGCUCGGUGAGGAAUACGAAAAUGCUCGAGUGGAAUGGAAAAAUCCUGGGGCUUCGAAGUCAAAAGGCACUGCUAAGAAAGGUGGUAAAGCGGCAACUUCGAAAGCUGCUAAGGCGUCAACUUCAAAGAAGCGGAAAAAUGACCAGGAAGAUGCCUCGGGCGAAGGUGACCAGCCUUCGAGAAAGAGGUCAAAGGGUCCCAAUGAAAGGGAAAGUGAGGCGAUAGGCGAGGAGGACGCCAACGAUGAAGACGAUGAGGACGAUGAGGACGAUUCAGCGAAGAAGAAACCAGACCUGCUUCUUGCGGUCAAAUGGGAUCUUGAUGGACAGGAUCCGGCUGGGUGGUGGGCGAGUGAGAAGCUUGACGGAGUCCGAGCUUACUAUGAUGGAAAGCGUCUUAUCAGCCGACUUGGAAAUCCAUUUGCAGCACCGCAAUGGUUCUUGGAUGAGCUGCCAAAGAAUAUAACCUUGGAUGGGGAGCUCUUUGCUGGGCGACGCAACUUCCAGGACGUUGUGUCGAUUGUUAGAGCGGCGAACUCACCAUCUUGGAAGGAGGUCAAAUACCAUAUCUUCGAUGUCCCUAGUGCGGGGAACGAGCCUUUUGAGCAACGUAUGAGCAUACUGAGCAAAACGUUCCUGGAUGGUUCCGAUACAUCCGAAGAGGGGGCAAGAUUUACUGGGAAAUCUAAAGUCGACCACGUCAUCGUUGAGCAACAGACGAUCGUAAGGGAUCGAGACCAUGUGUUGGAAAUGCUGAAAGAGGUGGAAUCUCGUGGUGGAGAGGGGCUCAUGUUGCGUGAACCCGGGUCAUUAUACGUGGGAACGCGAUCCAACACGUUGCUCAAGGUCAAGACCUUUUACGACGCGGAGGCAAGGGUGAUAGGUUACACAAAGGGUAAGGGUAAGCAUGCCGGCAAAACUGGCGCAUUGCUGUGUGAGAUGGCCUCUGGGAAGAAAUUCAGCGUGGGGUCUGGAUUGUCUGACAAGCAACGAGCCAAUCCGCCAUCGAUUGGUUCUAUCAUUGUGUAUCGCUUCCAGGAAUUGACUCGUGAUGGCGUACCCAGAUUCCCCACGUUUGCCGGCGAGUCUGCGGACAAGACGGAACCUAAAGAUGUGGUCGUCAAAGCAUAG